AUGAGUCAUAGUAGUCAAUCUGCAGGUCAGAAUACUAAUACCGAUGAUGAUGCACCCAUAUCUCCAACUACUGAUGCAAAUCCGUUCGAAGAAAGUUUUAAUCAACAUGAUUAUUCCCCAAGGUCUUCAAUAAGUUUAUUACCUCAAUUCGUUUCAAAUAAUCAUCAUUUAAAAGAAAAUUAUCGUGGUUUCCAUGCAAAUAAACGUCCAAAGGGAAUUGGUAAUGUACCUCCUUUAUCACAACCUAUAAAACCAAGAUUUAAAAAAAAGGGAAGUUCAUUAUUAAAUAAAUUAAUUUAUAGUAAUAAAAAAGAUGAUGCAAAUUUUAUACACUCAUUACCUCAACAUUCAUCAUCACAAGAUGAUUUUUAUUCAUCUUCAAGUUCAAGAAAUAAUUCAAUUCAUUCAGGUGAGAAUGAACAAAGGAAAAGUAAUUCAUCUGCAAGUUCUUCUGGUUCAAAAUAUAAAUUUAGAUUACCUAGUUUUACUGAUUUUCAUUCAUUACAAAUGACAGAAGCAGAACCUAAAAUAUCAAUUGAUUUAAAUUUAAAUGAAAUGCAAGAUAUUGUAAAAGAUGAAAAACCACCAUCUCAAAUAAAGUCAAAAAAUUGGCAAGCUCCAGAUUCAUGGGAUGUCAAAGCUCCAAAAGAAGUUAUAAUUGAACCUAGUGCUGUUGUUGAAGACCAUGGAACAUUACCGGUAUUAUAUGGAUCUAAACAAGCAUCUCAUGUUGUUAGUUCUUCAUAUUCUAGACCUUCUCAUAUAAUUAGAGUUUUCAAAGAAGAUAAUACAUUUACAACAAUAUUAUGUCCAUUAGAAACUACAACUUCUGAAUUAUUAGCUACUGUUCAAAAGAAAUUUUUUCUUGAAAGUACAAAUAAUUAUCAAAUAUCUGUACAUAUUGGAAAUUGUGUUAAAGUUUUAGAAGAUUUUGAAAAACCAUUAAAAAUUCAAAUGGGUUUAUUAUUAUUAAGUGGUUUUAAAGAUGAAGAUAAUUUGAAAAUUAUAGGUAGAGAAGAUUUAUCUUAUAUUUGUAAAUUUGUCGUGGAGAAUAUUUACUUAAGAAGUUUGACUCAUGAUGAAGAGGUACUAUUGUCUAGAAAUUAUGUUGAUGUUAAUAUAUCAUCACUUAAUUUAAAAAAUAUUCCAAUUAUAUUUCAUCAACAUACUUAUGAAAUUGAAUCUUUAAAUGUUGCAGAUAAUCCAUCAAUUUAUAUACCAUUAGAUUUUAUUCAAAGUUGUACAAAUUUAACCAAAAUUAUAUUUUCAAAAAAUGGUUGUUCAGUAUUUCCAACAAAUUUUCUUGAAGCUAAAAGAUUAACUACAUUAGAUUUAGAAAUGAAUUUUCUUGAUGAUUUACCAAAUAAUAUAAAUUUAUUGGAAAAUUUGACUACAUUAAAAUUGAAUUCAAAUCAAUUGAGUACACUCCCCAAAUCAUUUGGACAAUUAAUUAAUCUUACCUCAUUAAAUUUAUCAUCAAAUUAUUUUAAUAAAUAUCCAGAACCAAUAGAUCAACUUUCAAAUCUAAUUGAUUUAGAUUUAUCAUAUAAUGAUUUAUCAUCACUUCCAGAAUCAAUAACAAAUUUAAAAUUUUUACAAAAAUUAAAUCUUUGUACAAAUAAAUUAUCAAAAGCAUUACCGAAUCAUUUAUCAAAAUUGGUUAGUCUUAAAAGAUUAGAUUUAAGGUAUAAUUUAUUGACAAAUGUUGAUGUUUUGGGAUAUUUGCCAAAUUUGGAAGUAACUUAUGCUUCAAAAAAUAAUAUAUCAGGUUUCAGUGAUCAAAUGAAAUCACUUAGAUUACUUAAUUUUGAUAGAAAUCCGAUAACUGAAUUGAAAUUUUCAAAUGUGAUGCAAAUGUUAAAUAUUCUUGAUUUAUCAAGAGCUAAAAUAACUUCAUUCCCACCUGAAUGUGUUGAGUAUAUUCCAAAUAUUGAAAAAUUAGUACUUGAUAGAAAUCAUUUAGUUACAUUACCUCAUGAAUUGGGACAAUUAAAGAGAUUAGCAUAUUUAUCUAUUUAUUCAAAUAAUUUACAAAUGCUACCUUCAAGUAUUGGAGAAUUACAAAAUUUACAAUAUCUCGACCUUCAUUCAAAUAAUUUACAAGCAAUUCCACAAGAAUUAUGGAAUUGUAAAUCAUUAUCAAUUUUAAAUUUGUCAAGUAAUAAUUUAACUUCAUUUUAUGGAAAAGGUUUAUUAAAUGAAAGUUUAUUAGUUCUAACCUUAUCUGAUAAUAGAUUAAGUGAUGAUUGUUUUGAAAGUAUAAGUUUGUUAAUGAAUUUAAAAUCUUUAAAUUUAUCUUAUAAUGAUUUAAUCGAGAUACCCGAAGGUGCUUUAAAAUUACCAAGAUUAACUGAAUUAUAUUUAUCUGGUAAUGAUUUAACAAAUUUACCAGGUGAAGAUUUACAAGAUUUACAGGCUUUGAAAUUAUUAUACAUAAAUAAUAAUAAAUUAGUUUCAUUACCUUCUGAAUUGAGUAAAAUAAAACCAUUACAACAUUUUGAUGUUGGUUCAAAUCAAUUAAAAUAUAACAUAUCAAAUUGGCCAUAUGAUUGGAAUUGGCAUUGGAAUCAAAAUUUAAGAUAUUUGAAUUUUUCAGGAAAUAAAAGAUUUGAAAUUAAACAAACUCAUAUAAAGAAUCCAGAAAGUGGACAAGAUUUUGAUAGUUUAUUAGUUUUAAAACAUUUGAAAGUAUUGGGAUUAAUUGAUGUUACUUUAACUACGACUUCUGUUCCUGAUCAAUCAGUGGAUAUGAGAAUACGUACAACUGCUUCUGAGUUGGAUAAUAUUGGAUAUGGAGUUUCUGAUUCUAUGGGUAUGAGAGAACAUGUAAGUAAUAGAGAUUUAUUCGUACAGAAAUUUAGAGGUAAUGAAAAUGAAUUAUUAGUAUGUGUUAUUGAUGGGAAACAUGGAAUUUCAACAAAGGGUCAUAAAAUAUCGCAUCUUACUAAAAGCAUGUUUGUAAGUAUAUUUACACACGAAUUAGAAAAAAAUAUACCUGAAGAAGCACUUAGAAGAUCAUUUCUUCAAUUAAAUAAAGAUUUGAAUGGUGCUUUAUCAGCAAUGAAAAAUGGUUUAACUGUUAUUAAAGAAUUUUCUGAAUUAUCUCAAGAGGAUUUAAGUGCUGGUUGUGCUUUAACUGUAGUCUAUAUCAAAGAUAAGGAAUUAUAUUCAGCAAAUGUUGGAGAUAUUCAAUCAUUAUUAUGUAGAAACAAUGGAGAUUAUAAAUUAUUAACAACACGACAUGAUCCAACAAAUAGACCAGAAUUUGAAAGAAUUAGAGCUUCAGGUGGUUAUGUUUCUGGUACUGGUGAUUUAGAUUCUGACUUAAAUGUUUCAAGAGGUGUUGGGUUUUUUAAUUUCUUACCACAUACAAAUUCAAAUCCUGAUAUAACUAAAGUAACUUUGACAGUUGCUGAUGAAUUUGUAAUUAUAGCCACCAAGACACUUUGGGAAUAUAUUUCAUAUGAAUUGAGUGUUGAUAUAAUACGACAAAGUAAAGAACCAAUGGUUGCUGCUCAAAAAUUACGAGAUUUUGCAAUUUGUUAUGGUGCAUCUGAUAAAAUAUCAGUUAUUGUAUUGACAUUUGGUAAGAAACAAAAACAAUCAAAUAAUCUAUAUAAUAAUUUAGGAACAAGAAGAAGAGAUAGACAAUUAGAUUCAACUUUAAGAAGAUUAGAAUCUGAAAUUGAACCACCAAUUGGUGAAUUAGCAUUAGUAUUUACUGAUAUUAAAAAUUCAACAUUAUUAUGGGAUUCUUAUCCAGCACCAAUGAGAUCAGCUAUUAAAACACAUAAUUCAAUAAUGAGAAGACAAUUAAGAAUAAUUGGUGGUUAUGAAGUUAAAACUGAAGGUGAUGCAUUUAUGGUUGCUUUUCCAAGUCCCUCGAGUGCAUUAUUAUGGUGUUUUAAUGUACAACAAAAUUUAUUAACUGCGGAUUGGCCAAGUGAAAUUUUAGAAACUGAUCAAUGUUGUGAAGUUACUGAUGGAUUAGGGAAUGUUAUUUUUAGAGGAUUAUCUGUACGUAUGGGUAUUCAUUGGGGUUCACCAGUUUGUGAACCAGAUGUAGUUACAGGAAGAAUGGAUUACUUUGGACCAAUGGUUAAUCGAGCUUCACGUAUUUCAGCAAUUGCAGAUGGUGGACAAAUUGCAGUAAGUUCAGAUUUUUUAGAUGAAAUGAGAGCUUUAACUUCGAUACAUGAUGAUAUUAAAAUUAAUAAAAAGACAUUGACCGAUGCAUAUCAAGGAAAUGAAAAUGCAGGAAAAAUUAUUGAAAAAGAAUUAAAUUCAUUAGAGGAACAUGAAUGUAAUUAUUAUAAAAUAGGAGAAAGGAAAUUAAAAGGUUUGGAAACUCCAGAGACGGUAACAUUAGUAUAUACAAAUAAAUUAAAACUUAGGUUUGAAAUUUUUCAAAAAAGAUUUGAUCAAAAUCAUUCAACUAGAGUAGUAGGUACAUUACCAGUUGAAGCUAUAUAUGGUAUAAGAACAGUUAGUUUAAGAUUAGAAAAUAUUUGUGCUAAUAUAAAUGAUGGUACUUCAUUUAGUGAAGGUUUUGAAAAUAGUUCAGGAAUAAUAAGCCAAAGAAUACCAUUUAAAGAAGUUGAUUUGGUUAGUUUAUUGAACCAUUUAGUCACUAGGAUUGAAAGUUGUACUGCUACGUUAUAUAUGAGACAACAAUUGGGUGGUAUAAAGAAUGAAUCAUUAUCUAAGGUGUUGGAAGAUUUGAAGAAAUUGGUUGAAGAUAGCAAAGGUAAGGAUGCCUUACACUAA